AUGCGGUGGUUUUCUUCCAUACUACCUUUAGCCUUUGCGGCAUUUGGUCUUGUCUCAGCUCACCCAUUAGAGCAACGAGGCAUUGAAUACAAAAUUUACGCCUAUGGAGCCAACAUCGGCGGCCUUGAAGUUUACUACUCAGAUGGUGUCGCCAUGAUCAGUGAAUCGACUGAGUCGGAUGAGACCUUUAUCUACCUGACGACUUCUGACUCAGAUGUCGAUACUUGGGUCGCGCAUCCAGAUUCCAGUGCCGCUUGGACCACCAAGCUAUUGUACAUGGCUAACAGCGGCACGAAUGAAGUUGGCUUCACGUCAUCUGACAGUACCUCUGGGAAGCUCACUGAUGUGUGGUGGACCUAUGGAAACUAUGUCAUGGUUAAUGUAGAAAACGCCAUCUUCUACGCUGAGCCAGUUUCGGGAAGCAGUGGGGUAUAUACCCUGAGCUGGAGCAAUGUCGAUCAAUCGGGGACUGAAAAGGUGCUUGUGACCCUGAGGACGAUUGCGCCGUCCACUGACAGUGUUUUGAGCUAG